CAAGGCAACCGAACGAAACCGCCACCGCUCCCAUUCAUACGUUAUCGUGAAUGCGUUGAGUGUAGUCGCGCGUAGACGGCUUUUGCGGGUUUCGGCUCUCACAAAACUGUUUUCCUUUUCUCAUUGAAGUGAAAAUAAUUCGGUGGAAAUUUAUGCGUGUUGAUGGACGGAACAAAAAUUGUGCUGUGCUUACAUUUCCCGGUGGUUUUCGGGUGAAACUUUGCUUUACUAAUUGAUGCAAACUUUCGUACGAUUGUGGUGCCCUUUCCGCAUCAAACGGAUUAUGAAUGGAUUAGUGGCCGAAGCCUUGAACUUGAUCAUUGAUAAAAUUUAAAAGUGUUGAAUUUGUGCGUGUAAACAUUGAUUGCAGGAGGGGAACGCGGACAUCUGCCGUCCGAAUCCGGUGGUUGUGGGUUGGAAGCAUUCCACUUUGGACAGAAGAAAGUUUAUCGCCUACGGACGGAGAAGCUAAAGUUAGGUUAUGUUGCUCAGUGUUUUCUGUUUAUUUUUUACAAUUGACACUCGACCGAAAGCUGCUGCGAGUUUUUGAAAGGCAGUGUUCAUUGGUUUUGACAAACAACAUUGGCCAGCAUUGAUUUUCACUGUGUGUAUGCUCUGGGCUCCCUGCGCAACAGAAGCUGUGUAGUGUGUAGUAGAAAAGGACCCCGUCAUCUGCAGACAUUUGAGAACUCUAGUGAAGAAAAGUGUAUUUUCCAAGUUCAUAAGACUGAAUUGAACUGAUCUCGCGAGUGGUGUACAAAGUGCGAACGUAGGAUUUUUUUUAUGAAUGAAUAAUAGUGGAUUCUGUCAUCGGCCAAUACUCCCUGAACUGAAAUGCUAGAAAUGGUACAUGUGAAAGCAACAGGAAGAAAUUGCGAUGACUGCCGAUGCUGGUAGCGAGAAGCCAUGAUCCGGAUCUUGUCCGUCUCAUCGUGUCUUGGGUGUACAUAUAAGUAGUGUGUGAAAAAAGCAGGCAAAAGAUGAAUGAAUGAGCAAAAAUGUCAAAAGUGCUAAAAUGCUGCUGAUGGUGGUGGAAUUCUUCAAGAAGACAUACCAGUGAGAUAAUUUGCCAUCGCUAGAGAUCCAUUAGUUUGUUCCCACGAACUGACAAGGCAAUACGAAGUUGGAAGAUAAUCUAGAAUAGCGGCCUUGAUUUGGCCCCCUUUGCCCUCCAUAUAGCAGGAUAUAACAAAAUAAAAAAAAAACUAGUUCAACCACACACAUAUACUCUCGCAUUCCAAUCUACCACCAUGCCACAUCAAUACGGAAUUCCGGGCUACGGCCAGACGCCACCGAGUCCACCUACGCAUCACGGAGGAGCGCUCAUUCCACGGCUCGGUGGCGGUGCUGUGAUACCGGUUUCGGCCAACACGAACGCUGGAAGUAUGGGACCAUCCGGUAAUGCGCUCUUCCGGGGUCCCAUCGAGGAACGGCGACUGACACGGGAAGCGAUGGAGAAGUACUUGCGGGAUCGCAACAACAUGGUCAUUGUGAUACUGCAUGCAAAGGUUGCCCAAAAAUCCUACGGUAACGAGAAACGAUUCUUCUGUCCGCCACCCUGCAUAUACCUGUUCGGCGAAGGCUGGCGAUUGCGGAAGGAGCAGAUGCUGCGUCGCGGCGAAAGUGAACAAUCCACCCAACUAUGUGCCUUUAUCGGUAUCGGCAGUUCCGACCAGGACAUGCAACCGCUCGAUCUGAACAACUCGAAACAGUACUGUGCCGCCAAAACGUUAUUCAUUUCCGAUUCGGACAAACGAAAACAUUUUAUGCUCUCGGUGAAAAUGUUCUACGGUAGUGGACACGACAUCGGUGUGUUUCAAUCUAAGCGGAUAAAAGUGAUAUCGAAACCGUCGAAGAAGAAACAGUCGCUCAAAAAUGCCGACCUGUGUAUAGCAAGUGGAACGAAAGUGGCACUGUUCAAUCGGUUGCGGUCCCAAACGGUCUCGACGAGGUACUUGCACGUGGAGGAUGGUCACUUUCACGCGAGUUCGACACAGUGGGGUGCGUUCACGAUACAUCUGCUCGACGACAACGAGAGCGAGUCAGAGGAGUUUCAGGUUCGCGACGGGUAUGUACACUAUGGCGCGACGGUCAAGCUAGUCUGCUCUGUGACGGGAAUGGCCCUGCCACGGUUAGUGAUCCGAAAGGUGGACAAACAGAUGGCGCUACUCGAGGCGGACGAUCCAGUAUCCCAGCUACACAAAUGUGCAUUCCAUAUGAAAGACACCGAACGGAUGUACCUGUGUUUGUCGCAGGAGAAAAUCAUCCAGUUCCAGGCGACACCAUGUCCGAAGGAACCCAACAAGGAGAUGAUCAACGACGGUGCCUGUUGGACGAUCAUCUCCACCGAUAAGGCUGAGUACCAGUUCUACGAGGGGAUGGGACCGGUGCGAACACCGGUUACCCCAGUGCCAAUAGUCAAUUCGCUACACCUGAACGGCGGCGCCGAUGUGGCGAUGCUCGAGAUUACCGGUGACAACUUUACGCCGUCACUGCAGGCGUGGUUCGGCGACGUGGAAGCGGAAACCAUGUAUCGAUGUGCGGAAUCCUUGCUCUGUGUGGUGCCGGACAUCUCACAGUUCCGAGGGGAGUGGUCAUGGGUCCGCCAGCCCACGCAAGUGCCUAUCUCGCUGGUACGAAACGACGGUAUCAUCUACGCUACGGGGCUAACUUUCACGUACACACCGGAACCGGGCCCGCGGCAGCCAUGCUCAGGAGCAGAAGACGUUCUGCGGCGGAACAACAGUGCAAAUAACAACACCAACAACAAUAGCACCAGCGCGAACAGCGUAACGGCGGCGGGUGCCGGUCCUGGUUCAGCCGGGUCCCUCCCGCCGAUCUCGGAUGUGGCCUGGAGCACACAUGGUGGCGGAAUUCCGUAAAGCAAAAAACAGCCGUAUCUAUCUUUCCGGUAUCCAGGAAACAGGAGAGGGUAACAACAACUAUUUAUUGUUUUAUACUUUUGGUCCUGAUCCGAUUCGGGGUCUGUGAAUUACCUAUCUUAUACAUAUUUGCUAACUUAUAUACAGUAUUUUACGAGCACACCGUAUAAGUAACACAAACAGUGAGUAAUCUCAAACUUUUUUAUUCCUACAAAACUACGAGAGUCGUGAAUGCAAGAAAGUAUGUAUAGGUCAAUGAACAAAUUUCUAUAUAUUUAGUGUGUGCGUACAGGUGAAUUGGACACAUUCAAGUAUAUUUUUCCUAAGAUAUUUUCUCUCGUACAAGCGAUGAGAAAAGAAUAUGUAGACUAUCAUUUCCUGUUCUAUUUUAAAAGGAAAGUCGUAUUUUGACAGAUUUUUUGUAAGAGGAUUACUAUUUUUAAGACGAGAGAUUACGUGAUUGAUCACACAGACAGACAUUGAAAACAAGUGAUAUAUGCAGGUUUUAAAGAUUAAACAGUAAAAAAAGUAUUUAAAAUUGAGAAUCGUCGGAAACAUAGUGACUAUAUUAUUAUUAAUAUUAUUUUGAGAAGAAACCAUCUGACAACGAACAUUUUUUCUAUAAAGCUAGCGUAACUAUACUAAGAAAGACACACUUUUACCGUUCAGAUAAUCGUUCUUUUCUAGAUAAAAGACAUCCAACUGCAAAAUGUCUAAGCAUUUUAAACUGGGAAUAAAAUUGCCAAAGAA